UACAGCGCUGCUGUCAGAACGAGGGAGAGACCCAGGCGGAGAGAGAGAGAGAGAGAGAGAGAGAGAGAGAGAGACAGAGACAGAGACAGAGACAGACAGACAGACAGACAGACAGAGGAAUUGUUCCUGAGAUCAAAACAAGUUUCUCAGAGUCCCAGAGGAUGGCGUGUCGGCUCCCUGGUGUUUCUUCACUGGAGAAGUUUCUGUGUAUCUGAGGUGAGCAAACACUGCAGGACUGGUGCACACCGUGCUGGUACAUGUUGUACCCAAACUCCUCAGGAAGCGUCUAACUGUUUAAGCUGGGCGAUCCAUCACCGCCAUCACCAUCAUGGGUGCGAUGGCAGAUCCACAACUCAUCAACCGCCCCCCAGUCACAGCGUUCAUCACCCAGAGCUCCAUUCCUCCUCUACCUCGUACUCCUUCGAGGCCAGGUAACCGUCCCCGGGCGCUUUGGCCGCCGCUGGACUUCACUCUGGGUUCUCUGGCCUGCUGCGGCGCCUGUGUGUUCACCAACCCGCUGGAGGUGGUGAAGACUCGCCUGCAGCUGCAGGGGGAGCUACAGGCGCGUGGCUCGUACCAUCAGCACUACCGAGGGGUGCUGCAGGCUCUCUGGCUGGUGGGACGCACCGACGGCCUGCGCGGCCUGCAGAAGGGCCUCACCGCCGGACUGCUCUACCAGGCUCUCAUGAACGGAGUCCGGCUCAGCUUCUACUCCUACACACAGGUCUCAGGGAUCAGCGACGUCCCGGGGGGAAACGUGGCAUCGGGGGCGGCUGCUGGGGCUUUAGGGGCCUUCAUUGCCUCUCCCGCUUACCUGAUAAAGACACACCUGCAGGCGCAGACUGUGGAGGCCAUCGCUGUGGGGCACCAGCACAACCACCAGGGAAUCUCCAGCGCCUUUGCUACCAUAUACAGGCGUGAGGGCGUGGUGGGUCUGUGGCGGGGCGUGAACGGCGCCGUGCCCAGGGUCAUGGUGGGCUCAGCGGCCCAGCUCGCCACCUUCAGCUCAGCCAAACAGUGGCUUACACACACACAGUGGUUCAGUCCGGACAGCUGGCUCGUCGCUCUGAUGGCGGCCAUGGUUAGUGGCGUCGCCGUGGCAAUCACCAUGACGCCGUUCGACGUCAUCAGCACGAGGCUUUACAACCAGCCCGUGGACGAGCUGAAGAAGGGUCGCUUCUACACCGGGUUCCUGGACUGCCUGGUGAAGGUGAGCCGCACAGAGGGGGUUCUGGGUCUGUAUAAGGGCAUGGGUCCCGUGUUCAUGCGCCUGGCGCCUCACACUGUGCUCAGCAUGCUGCUGUGGGACGUCAUGAGGCAAAAAGCUCUGCAGCACUACGCGCUCUGAGGAGAUCCUCGUCACCACACCGCACCAUCACAGGGUUCCGCUCGGUGCUGCAGCCCCGCCUUUGCUCGGGUCUGACGCGGGGAAUUCAGGGGUCUCACACACCGGGACAGAAGCGUGUGUGGAUGUCUGAGGAAAAGCAUCACGGUCUUCCUUUCACUGUACAGACUGAGGAGAGUUCUGGGGUCGCCUCUCGCUGUUCUGGAACUCUCUCUGGAAUCAAAGCGCUCUGGACUUCUCCAAACUUCUGCUCAUCGUCCGGAGAACUCCAGAGAACUCCAGAGAACUCCAGAGAACUCCGGAGAACUCCAGAAAACUCCAGAGAACUCCGGAGAACUGUAGAACUUCCACUGGAUUAGGGUUGAGUAUGCAAAUUAGCCGAUGAUGUCAUACUGUAUUCUACACUCAUGGGAGCGUACAAAGACGUAACUGUUUAAGGUGAACGCAAACAUGAAAAUAUUCUCGCUAUUCAACUUGGAAAAGUUGUGAGAACACUGUUGCUAGGCAACUGGAAAAGAUAGACACAGCGCACACGUUAUCUCACGACCGAAACUAAGAAUUUAACUAGAAAAGAAUCAUCACACAGACAUUUCCCUCAGGUGUGUGGGUACAUUUAUUAAUGAAGGGGUGUGUGAGAGUGUGUGUGAGAGUGUGUGUGAGAGUGUGUGUGUGAGUGUGUGUGAGACUGUGUGUGUGAGAGUGUGUGUGAGAGUGUGUGUGUGAGAGUGUGUGUGAGUGUGUGUGAGAGUGUGUGUGAGUGUGUGUGAGAGUGUGUGUGAGAGUGUGUGUGUGAGAGUGUGUGUGUGAGAGUGUGUGUGUGAGAGUGUGUGUGAGAGUGUGUGUGAGAGUGUGUGAGAGUGUGUGUGUGACUGUGUGUGUGACUGUGUGUGUGACUGUGUGUGAGAGUAUGUGUGAGUGUGUGUGUGAGAGUGUGAGUGUGUGUGUGAGAGUGUGUGAGUGUGUGUGUGAGAGUGUGUGUGAGAGUGUGUGUGAGAGUGUGUGUGUGACUGUGUGUGUGACUGUGUGUGUGAGAGUGUGUGUGAGAGUGUGUGUGUGACUGUGUGUGUGACUGUGUGUGUGAGAGUGUGUGUGUGACUGUGUGUGUGACUGUGUGUGUGACUGUGUGUGUGAGAGUGUGUGUGAGAGUGUGUGUGUGAGAGUGUGUGUGAGAGAGUUUUAUUUCACUCAACGUUUUGCGAAACUCGGUCGCUUCAUACUAAUGAAAGAAAGAAAGUGAUUCUAAAACAAAUCCAUAAAAUAUUAACACAAAUAACCCUAGCCCUAGUAUAAUCAGGGUAAAAGUAAUGGCACCCUGUAAAAGCAGGAGGAAUUGGGGUGUGUGUGUGUGUGUGUGUGUGUGAGGGAGAGCUGCGGUGGCUGAGCUGCAUUUCUGGAAGAUUUAGGGGGCGCUCUUCCACUGUUUUCUCUCUGUGAGCGUUUAUAGCGCUCUGUGGGCGUGGUUAAAAUGCAAAUGAGCAGUACCAUCAACAUACUUUUUUUUACAUUAUUUUUUUAUUUACAGCUGAUUCGUGUUCCUGAAGAAAAUCAGAGAGAGACGUGUGAAUGUGAAGGAGAAAUCUGGUGGGGAAUUUUAGAUGAAAUGUGAAAACGACACACAGCAUUUAAACACAUUUACACACGACUCCUGCACAUGAAGAUAUCAGAACAGUGAUGAAGAUCAGAAAUGACCUGACAACACACGGCUGUGUGAAGUCCGGAGAUUUCAGGAAUUCCAGCUGGGGUUCACGGGUUAGUCUUAAAAACUACAGGUGUGUGUGUGUGUGUGUGUGAGAGAGAGAGUGUGUGAGAACAUAUUCACUGGUGUGAAAUGAUGUAAAAGUCAUGAAGGACGGAACACACUGUGGUUUUCUGUGGGAUGCUGCGUCAGCUCUGCCGCUGUGCCUGAUGCAUUAAAGACCUGAUUUAUUAUUUCUGAAUGAACGGAACGUUGCAGGCUGAUGAACAGAAGACGGAUGCAGCUGGACCCCGAGUCGAAUGCUGUAAGAUUCAUGAAGAGAUCUCUUUAAGCGCUGCGUGAACAUGUUCAUGUAGACCCGAAUCCUUGUGUUUUUUAAUCUGAUAUAAAACGCUUCAUUCGAA